UCGUCUGGAUUCAGCAGCCAGCAGCUGUCACCUCCGCUCCUCUGGGGAAGCCGCCGCCUGCACCCCGGGGAGCAGGCAGCGCGGCUCCUUUCCUAGAAGCCGCCGUGGGGCUUGUUAAGCGCUCCCCAAAGGUGGCUGCUGGAGAGGAGGAGGAGGAGCUGAACUAAUGCCAGGGACCGAGGCGGCGGCAGCAGCUCCAGCCCCUUCACUGCACCAACCUGCGGGCUGGCUGGAGAGGGAGCCCAGCCCCUCCCUCUUCAGCAGCAGCGGAGCAGCCGCCGGAGGGCUUCGAGCAGCUGAGGCUGAAGAGCCGCCCCAAAGAGCCAUCCCCGAGCCUCCCCAGAGUAGGUGCCAACUUCUACAGCACUGUCAAGCAGCAGGACUUCAGUGCCAGUGUCUGGCUGAGGAGGAAAGACCAACUGGAGCAUUCCCAGCAAAAAUGCAUUGUGAUCUUUGCACUGGUGUGCUGCUUUGCGAUUCUGGUUGCACUGAUAUUUUCUGCAGUGGAUAUAAUGGGAGAAGAUGAGGAUGGACUCUCAGAAAAGAAUUGUCAAAAUAACUGUCGGGUUGCCCUUGUGGAAAACAUUCCUGAAGGUAUAAACUAUUCAGACAGUGCACCGUCCCACUUGUCUCUUUUCCAAGGCUGGAUGAAUUUGCUUAAUAUGGCUGAAAAGUCUGUUGACAUAGUAUCUUCCCAAUGGGACCUCCAUCACAGUCAUCCAUCUGCAUGCCAGGGUCAGCGUCUUUUUGAAAAAUUGCUAGAACUGGUAUCUCGAAAUAUUGAGAUAAAACUAGUGAGCGAUAUACUGCCCACCGAAUCAAAGGUAUUAAACGACUUGAAAACAAAGGGUGCAGAAGUGCUGUAUAUGAAUAUGACUGCUUAUAAUGAAGGUCGCCUUCAAUCAUCAUUCUGGAUUGUUGAUAAACAGCAUGUAUACAUUGGAAGUGCCAGCUUAGACUGGAGGUCAUUGGGACAGAUGAAAGAACUUGGUGUCAUUGUGUACAACUGCAGCUGCCUCGUCCUAGAUUUACAAAGGAUAUUUGCCUUGUAUAGCUCAUUAAAAUACAAGAAUAAAGUGCCUCCAAGUUGGUCUAAGAGAUUGUAUGGCGUGUAUGAUACACAAAAUAAACUGACGCUGCAGCUGAAUGAGACAAAAUCAGAAGUCUUUGUGUCGAAUUCUCCCAAACUCUUUUGUCCAAAAGACAGAGUCUUGGAUAUUGAAGCUAUCUACAAUGUUAUAGAUGACGCCAAACAGUUUGUUUAUAUAGCUGUCAUGGAUUACCUCCCUAUUGUCUUUGACACAAAUGCUAAAAGGUACUGGCCAUAUUUGGAUGGGAAGAUAAGAGAAGCACUAGUGUUACGAAAUAUUAAAGUCCGGCUCCUCAUAAGUUUCUCAAAAGACACAGAUCCCCUUACAUUUAACUUUGUUUCAUCUCUUAAAGCUAUUUGCACUGAGGUUCCCAGCUGUAGUUUAAAAGUUAAAUUUUUUGAUCUUGAAGAGGAGAAUGCUUGCUUUCUCAAAGAACAAAAGAAUACUUCCCUUCCCAAAUUAAACCGGAAUAAAUAUAUGGUGACUGAUGGAGCUGCUUAUAUUGGUAAUUUUGACUGGGUGGGAAAUGAUUUUACUCAAAAUGCAGGAGCUGGCCUCGUUAUCAACCAAGCAGACGUGGGGAACAACACAAGCAUCGUUAAGCAACUUAAAGCCGUGUUUGAAAGGGACUGGUAUUCACACUAUGCCAAAAGUUUGCAACCAACAAAAAUCCCAAACUGCUUAAACUACAAACUUAACAAAGCAGUGGCAAAUAAGACUGCCAUGAAUUAAAAAGACUAUUUUACUGUAUGAUGAAUGAAGAAAUACAUCGGGGCUGCUGUAACCCUAUUUCAUAUUUACAGAUAAGACUUAAAAAAGGCAAAAAACAAUUUUUUUUAUUUUUAUUUUUAUUUUUUUUUAGGAAAAAGCACACUUAUGUAAAAUGUUCUCUAAACUAUACUCUCUAUAUUGAAUUAUUUACAACUUUUAAAUUUGUUACUUCUGACAUUGAAUGUCAUUUAUGCUUCAACAUUGAUUUUUCACAUUUGAAUUUAAAAGCAUACUUUGAUUCCUCUCCUUCAGUUUUAGAAUUUUUCGUACCUCCAAUCCUGGUUAGGGAGAACCGAAAUCUGAGCUAUGAAAUGUCAUUCUAAGAUCAGCUGCUAUUGAUACAUAAUGGAGGGCAGACUUUCUCCAUGCAAAAGAUACAAGUUUAAGCAAGUAUUCUCCUAUGUAAAUCAUUUCCUCCAAGUAUAUGGCCAUCCAAGCAGAUUUUGAUAGUUUUGAACAGAUAGUUUGAUAUCAAUAUCUAAUUACAUUUUCACACCAUCCUCAAAAUGUAUUAAAGCUAGCCGUCAGCUUCCUUGUCAUCUUCUAAUAACAAUAUACAUUUUCUUUUGUCCAAACAACUUUCACUAUAACCUCUCCCCCCAAACCUCUUACCUAACACGCUUCAAAAAAAAUAUUAAUUUUAAUUCCCUCUACCAUCAAUGGUUAUUCCUUGUUAUACCAAUGUCUCUUUAAUUUUGAAAUUCCUGGAUUCUGAGGAUGUUUUAUUAUAAAAAUCUAUUAUAAAGAUCCAGGGCUGUACAAUAUGAUUUUCUUGUCAGCUGUACAAUAUGAUUUUCCCAGUUUGAAGUAUUUCUCAAGAGUGAGGCAGCAAUUUUGUGUAGCAUCAUUGUUUGGGAAAAAAAACCAAAACCCUUAAAUGCUACUUUUUGAAAAAGGUGAAGGGCUAUGUAAAGCUGUACAAUAAUUUUAGUGAAAAUUUUCAGUUUUGUUCUAGUUGAUUCUGUACCUGGCAAACUUUGUUUUGUUAAUUUAAAAACAAAAUGAACAAAUGAACAAACAAACAAAAUUGGGAUAGAUUCAUUUCUGGUGUACCUCCAUGCCUCACUGACUUCAGCAAUUACACCAGCAAUGAAUUUCAUCCAGUAUAUUCAAAGUUGAAGAUCAGUUUUCAAAUCAGAUCCGUUUAUUUGCAAAAUUUCACUGAAGGACCAAGAGAAGCUCUAGCGGUGAAUAUCUUUCAAUCAUGUGUCUUGGGAUAAACUUAAUAUUAAGUCCUUGCAUAAAGGCAGAAGAGCCAAAAAUUCCAGAGUUUGCAGUUAUAGCUUCUGCUAGCAGUAGCACAUAAAAAGAUAAAAAAUAGUAACCACUGAUAUAUUUGCCUUCCUUGCAUAGUUGAUACUAGGAAUGCAUUGAAUUUUUAGUAUGUUUUAUACAGAUAAUGGAAAAUGUCAACGGAGCAAAUCUUUGUCAAAGGAGAAAGUGAUUCUGGGUUGCCACUGACCUUAUAAUUCUGAUACCAAAUGAAUGACAUAGAUACAGUAGUUUUAUCUGAUAGAUUUUUUUUGGAUCAGUAGUCACAAUUGCUUACUGGUCCAUUAUGGUAUAAGUGGAUUCCCAUGGGCUGGAAGAACAAAUUUGUGUACUUCAGUCAUCCAGAGUAGAACUAAUACAUCAAAGUACAGGGUUUUGUUUUUUCAAAAAAAUAUACUGUGUUUUUAUGAACCAUCUGACUUAUGAACAGAAGGGUUUAUUUUUAAAUAACUUUUAUCAGUAAAAGGUAGUCAGCCAUUCUACAAUUAGACUGGCAGGCACAAAUUUCAUUUGGUAUAAAAUAUGUACUAAUGAUUUUAAUAUAGCUGUUUCAAAUGACAGCAGCUCCAAAGAAGUGCAGAAGGCUUUUGUAUGGUAUGUUAGCCAAAAGAUAAAGUGCAUCCUUGGAUUUAAAAAAGAGGAUACGGAGUUUAAAAGAAAUCUUAUUAGUUUUUAGAACGCAUCAAAGGGGAUAAUAACCAAUCAUUCUUUCUGGGUUGGUACUAUUAUAGUUCAAAUAGAUCAAAUGCAGUGGACCAGGUUCUGAUCUCAGUUACGCCAAAGUAAAUAUGAAGCAACUCCAUUAAAGUGAAUUUGCACUGGUUCAUUUGAGAUCAGAACCACUGUUUCCUUUUGCUUUAGCUCUGUAGAGCACCACCACUGCAUGGCAUGUUUUCAAACUCCUAUAGGAAUUUGCAUGUAGUAGUUUCUCACAGACCUCUCAAACAGGAUCCAGAAGAUGCACUUUUUCUAACUCCCUUCUAACUGGCAUUGGUAACUCUGUCAUAUUACAAAGGCUUUUCUAAAGAGAUCAGUUUUAUUCUUAAAGAAUAUAGACUGUAAUUGUUGUUUGCUGCAAACGUUUACUAGUGCCUUAUUCAUGCACAAGGUUUUAUUUAACUAUUUCUCUUGUGAAACCCUGCUAAGAUCUUGUGUUUAAUACUGAAGCAUAAAAACAGCUUGCUAAAAAAGACAAAAGACCUACAUAUUGUGAAUGUUUAGAAUUCAGUACAUAGUGCUAGAGUCACAAAAAGGCAAAACUGUUGCCAAGAGCUGGGCCCAAAUCAAAGCCUUGUAUAUGAACACACCUGAAUUUUGGGGUGUUUUAAAUGCCCCCCAGCUUUGGAUUCAAAUUUCACAAAUUGACUCAUCCUUAUUAUGAGAUAAUGCAAAUCUCAAAUCAAAAUAUUCCUGAUUUUGGGGAUAUUCAAAAUCUGCAUUCCCCCAAUAUCAGACUCCAAUCAGAAGCAACCAUGGCAGUUCCUUCAGGCUUGAGGGUGAAGUAAAUCCAGACACAUGCAAUGGCUGAUACACAGCUACUUUGCAUAUUUCUUUGCAGUGUUGUUGUAGCCCGGCUGGUCCCAGUUAACACCUCUGCAAUCAUAGGACAAAGGAAGGUUAGUGGAAUACAGAUUGUUGUAAUCAGCCAUAAAUCCAGUAUCUUUACUGAGACCCUCCUUGAAUGGUCUCUUGCAACAUGUGUUAAUUCCGUAACAAUCUGUUCCACCGAGGGUGACCAGACAGCAAGUGGGAAAAAUCGGGACA